AUGGCGUUUACAGGCAAACAUGCUAUAGUAACAGGGGGUGCCAAUGGCAUAGGAUUGCAGGUGGUCAAACAAUUGUUAAUGCACGAUGUUCAUAAAGUAGCCAUAAUAGAUUUACAGGACAAUUUGGAGGAAAUUGUUAUUUUGAGAGCUGCUUUUCCGGCACAACACUUGCUUCUAAUCAAAAUGGAUGUGGCCAAUUCAAAGGGCAUUGAGGCUACAUAUGAGGAAAUUUUAAAAACUUUUGGCCAUCUGGAUAUAGUGGUGAAUGUGGCCGGUCUCUUCAAUGAUCAAGAUGUACAGCGCACUUUAUUGGUAAACUUGGGUGGCAUGAUUAAUUCCACUUUAAAUGCCAUGAAAGUCAUGAGUAAGGAAAAGGGUGGCAAGGGAGGUAUAAUUUGUAAUAUGGCCUCGGUGGUGGGUUUGGAUCCAAUGUUUUUGGUACCCAUCUAUGCGGCUACAAAAGCUGGUAUUAUUAAUUUUACACGCUGCAUGGGAAAGGAAAUCUAUUAUCAACGUAGUGGCGUAAAGUUUAUAACUGUAUGCCCCGGAGCUACAAUCACCGAUAUGUUUACCAAUUUUACCGAGAAAAUGUUAUUCCCUGAUAUGAGUGAUGAAUCGUAUUUGGUAUUAGAUCGUCUAAAUAAGCAAAGUGCCGCUGAUGUGUCGCGCUGUAUUCUGAGUUCCUUGGAAAAACAAGAAAAUGGAGCUGUCUAUAUAAUUGAAGGCAAGCGUUUGUUUCCCAUGGAUAUGAAGCGUUAUUGGACGGGUAUAGAAAAGGAGUUAAAUGAGUAAUCGAAUCAAUGAUAAAUAAAUAACCAUUGAAAUGUGAUAGCAAAUAAGAAGCUUAAUAAUUUUAUGAAUUUAAAUACAAAAAAUAAAUAUUUACACACCUGUUACUGUUCUUUUUAAAAUAUGUA